UCUUUUACCUCAGCAGGUAGAAGCGAGUGCACUAAGAACAACGGAGGAUGUUCCCACCUCUGCAUUAACACAAGAUCCUCGUACCGCUGCGCAUGUCCAUCGGGAUAUGCGCUGAACUCUGAUAAAAAAACGUGUUAUCUUGGUAAGAGGAUUGAUUAAUCUCCAGAAACUAUUUCCAUUUGCAGCGCCAAUUUACGCUCUUGAUAACUUGUUUGCGUGAUAUGAAGGCUAACCACGAGAAAGUUGGCACAUAGCCGCUUCUUUCCUGCUAGGGGUUUAUUCAUAAAUCAUGGCUCUGUCAAGAUUUUUACCAACUUCGUUGGCAUGAUCUCUUUUCAUCUAACCGCAGGGAAGAAAAAACUUCAGGUACUUUUGUUUCAGUAGCACGUGCACUUAGCUUCCUGCAGGCAAAAACGUAAAUGAAAACAAACAGAAAAGAGGGACAAUUUGAACAAAAAGAUAGAGGAGCAAAAUCUGAUAAACAAUUUCUUAUAGCAAAUGUCUUUUCUGACGUUCUUUCAUUCUUGUUCAAUUUAGAAAUUUCCUUUACCAAUGACCAAUACAUGGUGAAAGUAAGUGAAAGUACGCGUCUUCACACGGUGGUUAGUAAACUACAGGCAAGAACUUUCCCGGAUAGACGCAUCAUCACUUACGCUCUUUUAUCGGAGAACCUCAAGACACCUACGAUUUUUGAAAUCAACUCAAGAACUGGAGAAAUUAUUCUUAGUAAAAGACCCGACAUACGCGAAAUGCGAACUUUCCUACUUGAGAUUGAAGCUAGCAGUUUUGAUGGAAAGAAGCAUAGAUCAGCCAAGGCAUUUGUACUCAUUAACUUUUCAAAAGUUCAAAGCCGCGGAGGGUCUUUGUCUUUUACACGUUCGUCUUUUUAUAUCAAGGUUCCUUGUAACACGCCAUUAAAUACGACUGUUUAUCGCGCUCAGACAAAAAACACAGGGAGGGGUGGUAGCACUCGAAUCAGCUUUCUACGAAAGUUAGAUCACUUUUCAAUCACUGGGGGAGGAAAAAUCAAGAUUCAAAGAAGUCUCCUGCCGUUUUGUGAUGUUACUCCUUCAAAGAAAUUUCGAACAUCUGUUGCAGCCCGCGACACCUCAGGCACGAAACGAAAUGCGCAUGCUUUGCUGCAGAUCGAGAUAACACCGCCAAUACGACUGCCUCAAGGCAAUGCUGGCAGUAGAAGUUAUCUUUGA